ACGUAACAAGCGGACAAUCUUAAGGAGAAAUCAUGUUUUUCCCUAUCGGAUGGCCACGAGUUCUAAAUACGAUAGAACCGGAAAAGAUAACUGCAGUUGUAUGCAACAGGGAUAAAAUACUUUUUGCUGUUUUGACAACGGAUGCUCUUACCAUUUGGUACUGCAAGCCAUGUGUACCUAUUGUAUUUAUCAGACGAACUGCAGAUUCAUUAAAGAAACAUGGUGACAAUAUUUUGAUACAAUGGAGACCAGAUUCUAGUAUGCUAGUUAUUGCGACUUCGGAUAGCUAUCUUCUAUUUUAUCGGUUGCAAGAUACUAGUCCAGAAGGAAGGGGUCUCUAUGAACAAAGAGACUCUCCAGUUACUAGUUUAAGAAGAGAUAGUGCUGAACUUUUUAUUAAAGAAGUUAUCCCUUCCUUAGUUUUAACAUUUGAAAAAUCAGCUUGGAUAGAUGGUGGAAUCAGUUCUUUAGUUUGUAUACGUGAUGAGCUUAUGGUAGCUACAAAAACAAGUCAUGUAAUACGUCAUAAGUGGGAUGGUACAGUAAAUAGAGAUUAUUCUCUUGAUUUAAGGAGAAUACCAUUCAGUGUAGAUCAACAGAUAUGUACUGUAGCUGUACCACUUACUGAGAACAAUGUGUAUGUUACCGAUAUUGAAUAUUCUCCUUUAGUUGGUGGAUUUGCAAUUGUACUCAACACUGGCAAGGCAGCAUUUCUCACAGCACAGUCAUUGAAGUUUGAUCCUAAUCAAGUUCAAGGAAUUUGGGCUAGAGAUAUUGAUGAUGCUACUUGUGCAGCUGUAAAUCAUAAAUAUCGUCUCAUUGCAAUUGGAAGACAAAAUUCUGAAGGUGUAGUCUAUUAUGUUGAUGAAACAACAGGAAGUUUAGAAAUGUCACAUAUAUUAAGGUUAUCCUCAAAAGAUUAUCCAGGAAGACCAGGUUCUGUAAAAUGUUUGAGGUGGACUCCUGAUAGUUGUGCCAUUGCAUUGGCUUGGGAAGGUGGUGGCCUGGCAAUAUGGAGUACAUUUGGUGCUCUUUUACUCUGUACUUUAAAAUGGGAUUAUGGUUUGAGAGUAGAUUUAACACAUGACAAUCCAUUGCAUAUCCAUACAAUGGAAUGGUCUGCAGAAGGUUAUCAACUUUGGAUGUUAAGAGAAUCUCCAGAUCCUCCUUUGACUGAAGAAAAUGGAAAUGAAGAAACUAAUUCGAAGUGUUCUUUAAUACAGUUAGAUUUUGUAAAAAGUCCUUUGACUAUUAAUCCUUGCAUGAGCCAUCAUGGACAUUUGUAUUUACAAGGUGAAGAUAGAUUAUAUUUAAAUCUUGGCGGUGGAAUUUCUACAAACACUUCAACUUUUCAUAUUGGCAGUUAUACUGCUAUUGAUAAUGAAGGUAUAAGUAUAGCUGUAGCUGGACGUACAGGGUUAGCUCAUUAUUCUUUACCUUCACGGAAAUGGAAACUUUUUGGCAAUGAAACUCAAGAGCGUGAUUUUAUCGUAACAGGAGGAUUAUUGUGGCAUCGAGGUUUUUUAAUAGCCAGUAGUUAUUCAAUAUUAGAUGACAAAGAUGAAGUUAGAAUAUAUCCACGUGAUACACGUUUGGAUAAUAAUUAUGUUAGAACUGUUAGAAUGCCAUCACAGGUGUUACUGCUCAAUACAUUAAAAGACAGGCUUUUAACAUUUUGUGCCAAUGCACAAAUUAGCAUUUAUGAUAUGGUAAUAGAAAGCAAUAAUGAUGCAGGGAGUGUAGAAUUAACGAGAUUACAAACUGUAGAUAUCAGUGGACUUUGUGUUCACCCUGCUUGUGUUGUCAGUGCCACUUUAACUACUAUUCGUGCAGAAACAGCUGGAAGUCAUCCACAUCCUGAAAGUAUUCUGUUAAACGUAUCAGGGCGUCUCCUUAUGGUUCAACGAGAACAUUGUACUGAUAACUCAGAAGUUCUGUUUACGUGCAGUGCUCCAACAGUAUUAGCUUCUUAUGUAGAAAAUGUUUGGGUACCAUGGAGAUCAAGAAGAGAUAAACCACAUUUAACAGAAGCAUUAUGGUUAUUUUGCGGUGCUCACGGCAUGCGUGUUUGGCUUCCACUGUUUCCAAGAAAUCAUCAAGAAAAAACGCAUACAUUUAUGAGCAAGAGAAUAAUGUUGCCUUUUCAUUUACGUAUUUAUCCGUUAGCUAUAUUAUUCGAGGAUGCUAUUUUAUUAGGAGCAGAAAAUGAUACAGUACUUUUUACUUCGGAUACUAACUCUCCAUUUUCGUUGCCAUUCAGUUUAUUAGAACUUACAAGUCAAGUUUAUCUUCAUCAAAUAUUACGACAACUUAUCCACCGUAAUUUGGGCUAUCAUGCAUGGGAAAUUGCUCGUUCUUGUUCUGCACUGCCAUACUUUCCACAUUCAUUAGAACUGUUACUUCAUGAGGUACUAGAAGAAGAAGCCACUAGUAAAGAACCAAUCCCGGAUGCUCAGUUGCCUUCCGUGGUGGAGUUCAUUCGUGAAUUUCCAGGAGUGUGGGCUAGAGCAGUUGUACAAUGUGCCAGAAAGACUGAAAUAGCACUCUGGCCUUAUUUAUUUUGUGUUGCUGGACCGCCGAAGAAACUAUUGCAAGAUUGUUUGCAACGUCAACAACUCGAUACUGCUGCUAGUUACUUAAUAAUUUUGCAGAACCUUGAACCAUCAAUUGUUAGUCGACAACAUGCUACUUUGUUAUUAGAUGCUGCUCUAGAACAAGGAAGAUGGGAACUUUCAAAAGAUCUUGUUCGUUUUCUCAGAGCGAUUGAUCCAAACGAUGUGGAAUCGCCAAGAACAUCGUGGGGUGGAACAUCAAAAUUAGGAGGCCCUCCACAAACCCCACCACUUUCACCUCAUGAAGAUGACUUAUCUUUAGUGUUAGGAACUAUGCAGGUUUCGAGAAGUCGAAGUUACAGUACUACAGUGACACCUAAAGUACAAUCUGAUUCCGUGGCCAAAGAUAUAGCUCCGUCUUCAAUGCUAGAAAAAACUAGAAAUGUAGUUAUGAGGCGGAAGAAAUCUGUACCUACAAGUGCUUCUAAAACUGAAAAGGCUGAGAACAAAGAAGGCUCAGCAGAAGAAUUUUUUAUUGACGUAAUUCUACAGCGUCAUGCUCGUCGAUUACUUUCAGCGAAACGACUCGCAGAUUUAGGCAGAUUCGCUGCACGAUUAGACUUUCAUUUAGUUACGUGGUUUGCUAGAGAACGCGAUAGGGCAGCAAAAAUAGAUGAUUAUGUUACGGCAUUGAAAGCAGUACAUGAAGAUUUUCUAUUUGCAUAUCCUGUGCUAUCUCUUCCAACUUUACAAAAGUUUCGGAGAUCUAGCCUUACUUCUUUACGUUCUAUAAGAUCAGUCAGUUUGGAAAGUCCAGAAGAAGAACCAUUAAAUUCCAGUUUUGCCGUUGAUUUGCCAGAUAGUGGUUACACUAGCUUACCAAGCGGAAGACCACCUUAUACUACAUUGGUUUCUCCCGUUGCAAGUUUAGAAACACAAUUUCCCGCUACGGAAACAAAAUUAGCAGCAAAUAUGUUACAUGAUGCUAAUAGCGUUCUUAGUGAUAGUAGUACUAUUUGGAGAGAUGAUACCGAAUCAAUCGUUGGAACUGGAGUUGGAACAGUUUGUUGGGUAUCACCAGAUCCGAUAGAACAAACGGAAGUUCAUAACAUUUCACCUUGUGCGCCUAUAAGUCGUGCAGAAGUACAACUUAGAUAUCUUUUACAAUUAUUUUUGGAAGGUGGUUGCUUAGGAUGGGCUGCAGUAUUAGCAACAGUUUUACGCGAUGCACCUGCUAUGGCUAGAACUAUCAGAGCAGCACAUGCGCCUAUGCAAACCUUUGACUCUGUAAUUAAUUUAAGAGAUGGUCUUUUUAUACUAACUAGGUGGUCUACCUCUGAAUGUUUGGGGUAUAGACCAUUUAUGUCAAGUAUACAAGGUCAAAUUUCUUUAUUGAACAGACUAGUUGUAACAAAACAACAACAAGAACAAGAGCAGAUACCGGAGAGUCCUUCUCCUAGUCCAGCACCAUCUGCAAGUAGCAAUCAAAGAGGAAAUUUAUCUCGAUCUCGGCACUCCUCUAUUAGUCAUACUUCAACAACUGCUGCACUAGAGGAAGAACGAUCCCACGAAUUACCUUUAAACGUUGAAGACGUGACUUUUCGAGGUAGUUACAGCAAUCUCAAUAAUAUGGAAAAUACUACUUCACAAUCUACAUGUGUAAUCUCUUAA